AUGAAGGAAUCUACAGUAUUAAACUGGACGAAAAGUGACAAAUUGGAAGAAAAUGAAAAGAGACUAAAUAAUGACAAAAGAAAACAGAGUAGGAGUAAAAUGUAUGGAGGAAGAUACGAGGCACUAACCAGUUUUUCGAUUCAUUACCGAAAGUCGAAUCACACUAUUGCCGAGCAUCAAGCAGCAAACUGUAUUUGGGACCGAUGUGGGCUUCAACAAAUCAGUUGUAUGGCUUUUACAAACGUCAUCAUUGCCCUGACAGCGAAAUCCGAUACUCUUAAUUACUACAAAUCCAUUCGACCCGGUAGAGAUACAGUAGUUAAAAUACGUGCUUUAAAGUAUGACCCAUCUGGAAAGAUCUACUACAAAUUGAGGCACACUGACCCCUGGGAUCAACUAAAUCAGAGAGUUAAGCUGUCACCAUCGAGACCAACACAGAGCUUACCAAACAUGUAUCAAGAAAGAAGGAAGAUAAAAAAGGAAAAAUACGAUCAUCUGAAAAUUUUGAAGAAAACUCUACUUCAAGAUUACCAUACCUUCUAUGAUAAUCUUCCCUACGAGGAAAAUUAA